ACAAAGAUUGACAGUUUCUUGUUUAGCUGCUGGGGUUAAAGUUCAGAAAUUUGCGAGUGAUAAUUAUUUCGUUCCUUAUCCCCAUUGCAUAAUGGCAUCGACCAGUGAAGGUGAUUCUUUUCCUGCAAACGUCACCAUUUUGCAGUAUUUACUGGAAAACGAAACAACAAAAACUUCGGGCGUUGGUUCCAAAGCAAAAGAGUUCGAUUUAUCCUCAACGGUAGUGAAUCAGCCCACUAGCGAAAGCAGUCAUCAGUUGGAUCCGGAACCAAUUACGGUCUACGAAUGCUCCAGGCCCGGCUGCGACAAGCACUACUUGAAACUGGCCCAUCUCAAAGCGCAUGAAAAAAUACAUUCCGGGGACUUGGUUUGCGAUUGGGAGUCGUAUCCGGAGGAAAGCGGACAAGAGGAUGCCAGUGGAAGUGGUUUGAAAUUCCUGUUGCAAAAUGAAAACUUGGAAUUAGUUUAUGAGAACGAUGACUCGAAAUCGGAAAACGCUGAUGGCAUGACAGAUGAUGUGAAUCGUUCUUAUUCCGAAGAGGGCGAAGAGAUGGAAUGUCUACCAGAAAUCAUCGAGGACGACAGUAAGGUGCUGCCCGAACUAUUUAAUCAGGAUCAGAAUAAUGCUGAUGAAGAGGAAAAACACGUUAUACAUGUUUUUGACGCUGAUGUAAACUUAGAAGACAACUUCAUCCUCCUUGAAGAAGAUCCGGAGGAGUAUGUGCAAAUCAGCACGAAUCAUGAUCAACCUAUGCGAACUUUCUCGACCAAAGCGAGGAAGCAUCUUUGUCCAUGGGAUGGUUGUGGAAAAUCAUACACAAAAGCUUCCCACGUAACUGCUCACAUGCGAGUCCAUACCGGCGAAUUGCCUUUCGUUUGCACAUGGGAAGGGUGCGACGGUCGUUUUUCGCGAGCAGAAACUCUCACCAGACACUACCGAAAGCACUCGGGGGAACGAGAUUUUGCUUGUCCCGUUUGUAAAGCAUCGUUUCUUAGGAAGGAUCAUCUUCGAGGCCAUAUGAAAAGGCAUAAUAUUGAUCGUUUUGUAAUCGAAAAGGUGAUCAAAAGCCCGGAAAAGACGAAACCAACGUCGCUGAAGCUGGCAGCGAUUGCAUCGAGGCAGGGUAACAAGGCGAAGCGGAAACGAAAACCUUCAACUCCGGCGGCAAACUCGGUGCGCAAUCAUGUGUGUAACCACCCGGGAUGCGACAAAAGCUACACCCGAGCUAGUCAUCUGAAGGCGCACGAAAUUCUACAUGGCGAGGCUUUGCCCUUCCGAUGUCCCUGGGAAGAUUGCGGCAGAUCCUUUGCCCGGUCGUUUGAGCUUUCGCGGCACAGGAGACAGCACACCGGGGAGAAGAAAUUCGUUUGCCAUAUUUGCCAGCAAGCAUUUAUGAGGAGUGAUCAUUUAUCUAUGCACGUCAAACGGCACAUUUUUAGAGCGCAUAAAGACUACCAAUAACGGUAUGGAAUUCUUGUGAUUGUCAACUGGUAUAUAAGUACUUACUAGUCUCCUAUGUAAAGUAUUAGUAAAAUAAAUAUGAAAAGCGUGCAAUUAUAAUUAAUAUUAAAUAA